CAUUGUCUUUCGCCAUCAUCGGUGACCAGCCGGGCUUGCCACCCUCACCUGCUGGCGGGCUUAGGGUCCUCCAUGGACCUGUUGCUUUCUUCGGGCUUUGGCAUGGCGUCGGUUGCUCUUAGCCCGGUCGACCUGGUCCAGGAAACUUCGUAGCGAAUAUGGUCGACGGAAGAAAGGUAAACGAACGUGACGGAUGACAUAAGGAAAAGGAAAAGGAGAAGAAGAUGGCGGCCGUCCAGAGAGAGAAGGCAAGAGGCGUGCUGUUUCCCACUUGAAGAAUAAAAGCACGGCAGAGUCAGCCCAGCCAGCCAAUUUUUCCUCACCUCUCUCUUUGCCUUUUCCGCCUCCACGCGAGAGAGAGAGAGAGAGAGAGGGAGAGAAAAUUCAAAGUGGACGAACCGAGAUGACGGCAAUGGCCCAUGCUGUCACAUCGACGCGUGUGUUCUUGUGAAGACCCAAGUUGUGGUUCUUUCUCAGAAGGAGGAAGAAUCUUGACACCUCCGCCAUUCACAUCAAAGGACUUGAUCCCACCACGCAAAGACAGAGAGAGAGAGAGAGAGAGAGAGAGAGAAAGAGAAUAAGUAGAAGUCAAACAAAGACAGGAAAAGAAAAGAACCCACUUUGCCAUCUCUCCCUCUCUUUAUCUUUCUCUGUGGGAUUCUCAUCAAGAACAGGGGACGAGUUCCUGCGCAGAAAGUGGAAGUUUGGUCGCAGGCAUGAACGGGAAGGCCGGCGUUACCAAGGAGCUUAACGAGAAGCACAGAAAGAUAUUGGAGGCUCUGCUUAAAUUACCAGAGAACAGGGAAUGUGCUGACUGCAGAAGCAGAGCCCCACGAUGGGCUAGUGUGAAUCUGGGCAUAUUUAUAUGCCUGCAAUGUUCUGGGAUACAUAGGAGUCUUGGAGUACACAUAUCAAAAGUGAGAUCUGCUACUUUAGACACGUGGCUUCCUGAGCAGGUUGCUUUCAUUCAGUCUAUGGGGAAUGAGAAAGCGAACAGCUAUUGGGAAGCAGAGUUGCCUCCAAACUACAGCAGAGUUGGAAAUGAGAACUUCAUUCGCACAAAGUAUGUUGAGAAAAGAUGGGUAUCUCGAAAUGAAAAAAAGAGAUCACCACAAAAUACAAGCGGAGCUAAAACACCUGUCUAUGAGUCAUCACCUGAUAAUGGUCGCCGAAGUGGCUAUUCAAAUAGGAUAGAGCCCCCUCCAGCUGAAAAGAAAAUUUCUCAUUCAUCUAAUGGAGAAGCUAGAGCAACUGCCUCAGAGAAUAGUACUUCAGCACCUGCUAAAGUAACACAACAGGUAGUUGCCAAAACCAAGCCACAAGAAGAGGUAGAGAAAACUAAACCAGAAGGUUCCAAGGCUGAGUCUAUGAGAAAGGGGGCGGAGAAACCUAAGUCAGAAGUUCCUGAGGCUGAGUCUACAGAAAAGCAAGCAAAUCUUCCCCCAGUUGUGCCACCUGCCAAAGUUGAUUAUGCUACCGAGCUCUUCAACUUGCUCUGCAUGGAAGAUAGUAAAUCAAAUGGCUCUCAUUUGGACUCUGCCAAUGGCAAUUCUUUAGCAGAAGCUCAAUUUGCAGCAGCACCAGCAAAAUCAGUACCCGGGAAUGUUAAUUCAACAGUAGCAGCAGAAAGAAAUAUGCCGGCAAAAUCUGGUAUUCAGCAUCCACAAGUAAAUUCCCAGAUAGCGACUUCAUACCUUCCAGAGAAGUCCAACCUAGCGUCUCCAUUCUCUAUCCAACAACAGCAACUACUUCCUAUCCUACCUCAACAACAGUCCUUCCUCGGUAAUGGAGUCCAAUACCAUAAUGUGAACGUACCUCAGCCAAGCUUGAAUGCUGCGCCAACGGCGUCUCCACAGUAUAGGGGAAUCAUUAAUCAAGCUCCUGGAAUGAUGUCAUUAGCCGAAACACAGAAACAUAUGCAGAUGGCAAACGGCCAACAGGCAAGGCUUGUGGGUUCAGUUGCUUAUCCACCACAGAGGUCCUACGUUGGUGGGCCAGGAGCUCCAAUAAAUGGUGCUAUGAGAACAAAUUUUCCUCAGACCAUGAUGCGGCCAAGACCAUCUAUCACCCCAACUCCAUCUGGGCACGACUACGACUUCUCAUCUUUAACGCAAGGACUAUUUAUGAAACGGUGAUAAAUACUUGCGCGUGUGAAUAUCGAUUUCCUUCUCUUUCUCCCUUCUCCUGUAGGAUAUAUUGAUUGAUUUACAUGGAAAUAGCACAGUAGAUACUUCGUUCUAGGAUGGGGUGUUCAUAAUUUGGGGGGGUAGAUAUCAUUUUCGAUUUGGGAGAUAGGACAAAAAUUCAUAUUGGUAUCUGCUACAAUAAAAGCGGGUUGGUGUGUUCUUCAUUUUGUCGAGUAGCAUUGAGAGGGGCAUGAUCUAUUUCAAUGCCUGUACCUUUUGUAAAUUAACCAAUUCAUUUCGAAAUUUCAUUC